CGACCGAUCCCCCCCGACGCCACGACGCGCAUAUCUCCCCUCCACACGCCCAUUGAGGCCUCCACCCGGGCAAUCCGCCAGAGCCAGCCACGACCACCAUGCCCGUCUCCCUUGCGCGCCUGGCCGCCUCCCGCCUGGGCCUGAGCGCCGCCCGCCAGACCCUCAGCGCCGCCCGCCCACAGCUCCGCACACACACACGGCAGCCCGCCGCCCGCCUGCUGUCGACGACGCUGCCCCGCCAUGCCGAAGUCGACCCCAACCUGCGCACGCGCAUGACCCAGACGGACGACUCGUUUGCCAGCCCCGUCGAGCCCGAAACCGCCAAAGCCAUUGCCGGCGGCGAGGAGGAGGACCUGGCCAACAACAGGCGGAUCCGCCACUACACGGUCAACUUCGGGCCCCAGCACCCGGCCGCCCACGGGGUGCUGCGUCUGAUCCUCGAGCUCAACGGCGAGGAGAUUGUGCGCGCCGACCCCCACGUCGGCCUGCUGCACCGCGGCACCGAGAAGCUGAUCGAGUACCGCACCUAUCUGCAGGCCCUGCCCUACUUCGACCGCCUCGACUACGUCUCCAUGAUGACCAACGAGCAGUGCUUCUCCCUGGCCGUCGAGAAGCUGCUGAACAUUGAGAUCCCCGACCGAGCAAAGUACAUCCGCACCCUGUUUGGCGAGAUCACGCGCAUCUUGAACCAUCUCAUGUCGGUCCUGUCCCACGCCAUGGACGUCGGUGCCCUGACACCUUUCCUGUGGGGCUUCGAGGAGCGUGAGAAACUGAUGGAAUUCUACGAGCGUGUCUCGGGCGCCCGCCUCCACGCCGCCUACGUCCGCCCCGGCGGCGUGUCCCAGGACCUGCCCCUCGGCCUGCUCGACGACAUCUACCAGUGGGCCACGCAGUUCGGCGACCGCAUCGACGAGACCGAGGAGAUGCUAACGGACAACCGCAUCUGGAUCGGGCGCACCAAGGGCGUUGGCACCGUCUCCGCCGCCGACGCCAUCAACUACUCCUUCUCAGGCGUCAUGCUGCGCGGCUCCGGCGUCCCCUGGGACAUCCGCAAGUCGCAGCCCUACGACGCCUACGACAAGGUCGACUUCGACGUGCCCGUCGGCGUCAACGGCGACUGCUACGACCGCUACCUCUGCCGCAUGGAGGAGUUCCGCCAGUCCCUCCGCAUCAUCCACCAGUGCCUCAACGAUAUGCCCGCCGGCCCUAUCAAAGUCGAAGACUACAAGAUUGCGCCCCCGCCCCGCGCAGCCAUGAAGGAAAAUAUGGAGGCCCUCAUCCACCACUUCCUGCUCUUCAGCAAGGGAUACACUGUCCCUCCUGGAGAGACGUACAGCGCUAUAGAGGCCCCCAAGGGCGAGAUGGGCGUCUUUCUCGUCUCGGAUGGAAGUGAGAGGCCGUAUAGGUGCAAGAUUCGCGCCCCUGGGUUUGCCCAUCUCGCUUGCAUGGAUCAGAUCUCCAGAGGCCAUAUGCUGGCUGAUGCUGUCGCUAUCAUCGGCACAAUGGAUCUAGUUUUUGGAGAAGUAGACAGGUGAUGCUUUUUGCCAUUGCUCUCUUUCGUGUAUUGAGUCGCUUUGCUGGCCUGGCAUGCACGUUGUCCAAAUAUACAUAUAAAUCUCAAACUUCAAUGCCAAGGCGAAAAUGUGUUCUGUGGUUUUCGGAGAAGUUGACCGGUAGAUAGGUAGUUGUUGGUGAUGGCAAUUCAAGGACUGAACUGUAUAUAUUAUUUUGUGCCUUGUGGGAGGGUUUUGAAGAAGUCAAUUCAUGGUCGCGUAUAAAACUUGUGGUUCUUAGAACCCUUGUGUCUGUCACUCUCUUCUUUUCUUUCCUGUUUUUGUCUGCUCUGAAAGUCUGGU